AUGUGUGGAAUCUUUGCGUAUCUGGGAGAUAGGCAGGCACUUCCUUGCCUGAUCACAGCUCUCAAGCGACUGGAGUACAGAGGUUACGACUCUGCCGGCGUUGGGAUUCAUAACGGGAAGCAUAUUCAAAUUUGUAAGAAGAGUGGAAAAGUGGCGAACCUCGAGACUGCUUGCGGUGGUGUCAACAACCCGGAGUAUGCUGGCACUAUGGGUAUUGCUCAUACCCGUUGGGCUACCCAUGGCGCUCCUACUGACGCCAAUGCUCAUCCUCACUUCACUGAGGAUCGGAAGAUCGCUGUAGUCCACAACGGUAUCAUCGAGAACUACGCCAGUCUGCGUGAGGAGCUCAUCAAUAAGGGAUACCACUUUACCUCGGAGACCGAUACUGAGCUCCUCGCUCAUUUGGUUGCUGAUGUUCGUGAAGAGAUGGGAGCUGACCCUUCAUGGUCUGUCAUCGUUUCUUGCGCAUUGAGCAUUGUGACAGGUGCCUACGGUGUUGUCUUCAUGUUCGAAGACGAACCCGGCCUCCUGAUUGGUGCUCGCAAGGGCUCCCCUCUCAUUUUGGGUGUUGGUGAAGGCGAGUAUAUGCUUGCCUCUGAUGGAUCAGCUGUUGUUGAGUACACCAAAGAUGUGGUCUUCAUCAGAGAUGGAGAGCUUGUGGAAGUGCGCAAGUCUGGUUAUCGGCUAAGGACGAUUGAGGGCAUCAGUACCCGGCAGAUGUCCAUUGAUGAGGACGUUACUAAUCCUCUCGUCCAACUGGAAGUGUCUCUCGCGCAAAUUGAGAAGGGUGGGUAUCCUCAUUUCAUGAUCAAGGAAAUUAUGGAUCAACCUAACUGCAUACGUAACACGUGUCGAGGAAGGCUCUAUCAACCUAUGCAAGAACAUGAUGGUCAUACUUCUCCCAAAUGGGAUAUCAAGUUGGGUGGUCUCAACACUAAAGUCCAGGGCACGGAAAAGACUGCAUUAGAGACCAUCGCUAAUGCUGAUCGUAUCAUCAUCUGUGCUUGUGGUACUUCGUGGCACUCUGGUCUUAUUGGAGAGUACCUUAUUGAGCAACUAGCUCGUAUUAAUGUUGAAGUUGAGUAUGCUUCCGAGUUCCGCUAUCGCAACCCUCUUCUAACUCCUAAAGAUGUCAUCGUUGCUAUUUCCCAAUCAGGUGAAACUGCUGAUACCCUGGAGGCGAUACGCAUUGCCAAGUCAAAUAGCGCACUUUCCAUAGGCAUUGUCAACUGCGUCGGUUCAACAAUUGCUCGUGAUACCGAUGCUGGCAUUUACCUUCACGCUGGUCCUGAGAUCGGCGUCGCUUCUACUAAAGCUUUCACUUCGCAGGUUAUGGUCCUCACUCUAUUGGCUUUGAGCUUAGCUCGUAAGCGUGGUACAAUCGAGGACGACUAUUUCUACACACUUUGUGAAGAGCUUCAUAACUUUCCCGAGCAUAUCUCGACGGUGUUGAAGACUGCGACCCAGGUCAAGACAAUAUCGAAAUUCUUCCGGAUGGCACAUAACUUCCUCUUCCUCGGUCGUGGGAUCCACUUCCCUGUGGCCUUAGAGGGUGCAUUAAAGUUGAAGGAGAUUUCCUAUAUCCAUGCUGAAGGGUAUCCAGCUGCUGAGAUGAAGCAUGGUCCCAUCGCUUUGAUCGAUCGCAUGAUGCCUGUUGUUUGUAUUGCCCCUAAGAGUGAUCCAACUUAUGAUAAGGUCAAGGCUAACAUCGAGGAAGUUAAGGCUCGCAAUGGCGAGCUUAUUAUUAUCACAGAAGAGGGCAACCAUGAUCUAGAUAGAUUCGUCAGUGAUGAAGAGUACAUCAUUCGAAUUCCCUCUGUGGACGUGAAUCUGCAACCUAUUAUCGCCGUCGUACCGUUGCAGCUACUUUCCUACUACAUUGCAGACCUCAGAGGUUGCUCUAUCGAUCAGCCACGUAACUUGGCUAAAUCUGUUACAGUUGAGUAG